AUGACAUCACAGAAUGACGCAGGUGGAGGCUCAAGUGGUCGAUACAACCUCGCCGACGAGCUCCUUCUCUUGCAAGAUGAGCCCUACAUCAUCCCACAAGAAACCGCUGUCGAGGAUAUGAACGCCUCCGAGCAGAUCUCAACCCUCGACACAGCCAUCGACGCCAUCACAAACAGUCCAGACAACGUUGCUACACCAGAGAUCUACGACCUCAUCCGUUCCUAUCUCAAACACUUUGCCAACCUCUGUCCCAACGCUUGCAACAAGCUUCUCGAUGUGAUUGCUUCAGGCAUGUCCAAUGCUCUCGACGAGGCGCAACGUGAGCUCGACGGUGAUGACCCGAACGCCUACUCUUCUCAUGCAGAGACACUCGAACGAUACGCCUUCCUCCUUCAGUCGCUUGUUUCGGUAGCAGAGAAAUACAGCGGUGCGAGAGCAGAUAACCGAGGUUCAGCUGCAGCCAUUGUAGCCGCAAGAGGAGCUCGUCGUGGUGCAGGAGCAAAGUCAGCUGCUGCCAAGUCUGGCUCUGCUAAAGCAGAUGCAUGGGCUUGGUCCAACUCGAUCCCUGCCGUGCUCACCCUCAUGUCCAAGGCCGCUCGUGUCAGGAGCGAGCGCAUGUGGACCGUCUCUGCAGCGCGCGACUCUUUCAUUUCCGGCUGUCUCCUCCGACCUGCGCUUCUCCUCCAGGAGAACGAGUCGUACCUCAAGGUUCAAGCCAUCAAGCUCGGUAUCUUCAAAGUCAUCUGCCAAGCUGUCAAAGCCCACGGCCAGGCUUUCAGCGCUCAGACCAGUAUCAUGCAGAGUCUACAAUACUACGAGCAUCUCGCCGAACCCAUGGCAGAGUUGCUAGCCGUCAUGCGUCUCGAGUUCGACUACGAACGUCUCGGCGAGGAAGUCCUUCGCGAAGUCGCUGCCAAGAACUUUGGCGCCAUGGAUACAAAGAGUCCACGUUCCUUUGGUCGUUUUCUCGUUCGUAUGGCCGAACUCAGCCCACGCAGCGUCCUCAAGCAGAUCAGCCUUCUGCAGAAGCAUCUGGAUUCGGAAUCCUACCCCAUGCGCAACGCCUUGAUCGAGACACUCGGUCUGCUCAUCAAGGAGUUGGCACUUACCGAUGAUUCGCUCAAUGCCGACGGAAACAACGGCGGCAACGGCGACGAGACCAUGGCGGACGAGAACCGCGGCAGUGCCGAAGCCCGCAAGAAGCAGAUCGAGACCUUUUUCGAUCUUCUCAUUGAGCGUUUCCUCGAUCUCAACUCAUAUGUUCGAAGCAAGCUCAUCACUGUCUGCUCUCGACUUCUCGAUCUCCCCACCAAAUUCCCCAAGCAGCGUACCGAGAUCACCGACAUGGUCGUUCGCCAUCUCCAAGACAAGAGCAGUGGUGUUCGCAAGAAUGCCAUCGCAUUGCUGACCAAGCUCAUUCUUACACAUCCUUUCGGUAUGCUCCACGGCGGUGAGCUGUCGCUGCAAGAGUGGCAGAAGCGAUUCGAUAUCGUCUCGAAAGAGCUUGAGGAGACUGAAGGCUCACUCAACUUGCCUGGUGAGCACUCGGUCGACCAGGAUGGCGAAUCUGAAGCCCACGACGAAGAGAUGGACGACGACAAUGAGGACGACCAAGGAAGCGACGAGCAGGAUGGAGACGACACCGUGAUGCAGGGUGAGGAUGACGACGAUGAGGAUGCACCGCCUGCUCGCAGCCGCAAGAGCAAGGUCAAGAAGGAAAUCGUCAAGCCCAAAGCCAAGGAGGGUCGUCGAUCCGGUGUCGACUUGCAAGCUCUCGCUGCUGCUCAGGCUGAAAUGGAGCCCGUCGAUGCUGAAAAGGUGAUGCGUUUGCGUCUCACCAAGCGAUACUAUGCUGAUGCCAUCGCUUUCAUCACUCAGCUCGAAACCGCCAUGCCCAACUUGACCUUGCUUCUCGCCUCCACCAACAAAGCCGAAGUCCUCGAAAGCAUGGAGUUCUUCCGUGUCGCUUACGAGUACAAGCUGUCCGGCGCCGCUGCCGGUGUUCGCAAGAUGGUCCACCUCAUCUGGACCAAGGACAACACUCUCGUCAUGGAAGACGGCAGUCAGCUCAAAGGUGUGCGAUCACGUCUCAUCGAAGUCUACCGUGCUCUGUACUUUGAUGCACGUGCCGAUCUCAACGCCAAGGACAACAUUGCUCGCAUCGCCAAAAACAUGAUCGAGCGCACUUUCGGUGCUACGCUCGCCGAACUCACCUCGCUCGAAGAGAUGCUCAAGACCAUGCAGAUCGAGAACCUCGUCCAUCCGGAGGUCGUCAAUAAGCUCUGGGCUGUCUACUCCGCUCCUCGUGCCAUCUCGGCUGCUCAGCGACGAGGUGCUAUCAUUGUGCUCGGUAUGCUUGCUACAGCAAGGCGCGAGAUCAUCUCGGAACAGAUCGAUAUUCUCUUACGUGUUGGACUCGGACCUUUGGGUGCACGUGACGUGGUGUUGGCCAAGUACACCUGUGUUGCACUUCAGCGACUCGGAGGCAGCGUCAAAAAGGUUAAAGGCGCUCUCAGUGACGAGAGUGUUCGCUACCCGAUGACGCAUCCCAUGUUUAGUCGACUGCGUGCCGCCAUCCAGAUGUCCGGCGAUGUGCUCACGGGUGCUAGCCGCGGCGAGUGGUUCAGCUUGGCCGAGAAUGCGCUCAACACGAUUUACUUGCUCGGUGAGCAGCCUGAUGCCCUUUGCACCGACAUCAUCCGCAGUAUGACCUCGCGCGUGUUUGGCAGCAAGACUGCGUCUCAGCUGCAGUCUCUUAACGGUGCCACCACCAACGACGAUGAUGCUGCUAGCGACGUUUCGAUGUCUGAUGCACAACAGGAGGCUGUUUCCAGUAGUGGAGACGGACCAGUGAUGGGCGAUGCUUUCCAGCUUGCUCAACUCCUCUUCUGCGUCGGCCAUGUUGCUCUCAAGCACAUUGUCUAUCUCGAGCUGGUCGAGCGAGAGUACAAGCGACGCAAGGCCGAGGCCGACAAGGAGAAGGCGGUGGCAAAAGCUGUUUCCGAGGGCAAGGCUAGUCGUGCUGCUGCUGCCGCUGCUGCAGUCGAGGAGCUGGACCAAGUUGCCGGAAACGCCGAAGACGAGAUUGGUGAAGUCAUUGCCAGUGUUCGCGAGAAGGAGCUGCUCUACGGCAGUCGCAGCGUCUUGGCUAUGUUUGGUCCCAUCAUCACCCAUAUCUGCAGCAGCCCCAAGUCGUACCCCAACGAAUUGGUGCGAAGGGCUGCUGUCUUGACGCUCUGCAAGUUUAUGUGCGUCUCAUCGACCUUCUGCGAGGCCAACUUGGCUUUGCUGCUUCACAUUCUCACCACAUCUAAGGAUGCUGUCAUCCGCAGCAACGUGGUCAUUGCUCUCGGUGAUAUUGCUGUUUGCUUCGGUUCUCUUGUCGACGAGAACUCCGAUCGUCUCUAUGCUGGUCUUGGUGACUCGGAUCUCUCGGUCAAGAAGCACACGCUCAUGGUUUUGACGCACUUGAUCCUCAAUGGAAUGAUCAAGGUCAAAGGUCAGCUCGGAGAGAUGGCCAAAUGUCUCGAAGACCCUGAGCCGCGCGUUUCGGAUCUCGCCAAGCUCUUCUUCAGUGAACUUGCCACCAAGGAGAAUGCCGUGUACAACAACUUGCCUGACAUCAUCUCGCAUCUCUCCAUCGGCAAGCACGCAGUCGACGAAGAGACGUUCGCCCGGACCAUGAAGUUCAUCUUUACUUUCAUCGACAAAGAGAAACAGGCAGAGAAUGUGGUCGAGAAGCUCUGUCAACGUUUCCGACUCGCUAACUCGGAACGACAAUGGCGAGAUAUUGCAUUAUGUCUUUCGUUGCUGCCCUACAAGAGCGAACGAUCGAUCAAGAAGCUCAUUGAAGGAUUACCGUUCUACCAGGAUAAGCUAUACCAUACGGAAGUGUAUAAGAGGUUCCAAGAGAUUUUGACCAAGGCGAGGGCGAACAAGACGCAAAGUGCUGGUGGUGCGGGACGGGGUGCAGGUGGUGCGAGUGGUGGAGCGGGUGGUGAGGGUGCAGGAGAUCUGAAGGAGUUUGAAGAGAUUUUGGCUCAGGCUGCGCAGAAGGGUGAACAGGAUGAAGCGUUUGAAGGUGCUGCUCAGGCGAAGGUGGCCAAGAUGACGAAGGGGAGAGGUGGGAGGGGAAAGACGAGUGGUGCAGCGGCGUCGGCGGGAGGUGGGGCGAAGAGGGGUACAAGAGGAAGUAGACGGAUUUCGGUUGCUAGUGAGGCCUAG